AUUAACCAAAAUUAAACAUUUCAGGUUGGCAACUACCUGCGUCUGUUCCGUGGGUCAUUGUAUAAAAAAUUUCCUGGCAUGUACAGACGCUCUAUCACCAAUGAUGAACGAAAAAAGUUAAUGGAACUUGGUUUAACUCAGCAUGUUCUAGCAUCGAACAUUUCCCUGUUGCGAGCAUCUGAGGUAGAGGACAUCAUUGAAGGCAACGAGGAUAAAUACAAAGCUGUAUCAGUCCGUCAGCAGCAAGACCCAGAGGCAGCGGCUGCCAGAGCUGAACGCACAGUGAAGAAACCAGCUGCUCCGUGGGUUCCAACCAUUUCUAACUCUUCUCAUCUUGAUGCAGUGCCUCAAGCAACUCCAAUUAAUAGAAAUCGUAUUAUAUCGAAGAAGAUUCGGACCUUUCCCAUGUGCUAUGAUGACCUUGACCCUGCUCAGAUUCAUGAGAAUUCCUGUCAGAGAGAAGAAUUGGUGCCCAUCCGAUUAGAUAUGGAAAUUGAGGGCCAAAAACUACGAGACACUUUUACUUGGAAUAAAAAUGAAAUGCUUGUAAGUCCAGAGCAGUUUGCAGAGCUUCUGUGUGAUGACUUGGACUUGAAUCCUCUUAUGUUCGUCCCAGCAAUUUCAACUGCUAUUAAGCAGCAGGUUGAUCAGUAUCCCUCGCAGACUAUUAUUUCCGAACAUUCUGAUACAAGAAUAGUUGUAAAGCUGAAUAUCCAUGUUGGCAAUAUUUCCCUCAACGAUCAGUUUGAAUGGGAUAUGGCUUCGCCGGAAAAUACACCAGAAGAUUUUGCCACCAAAUUAUGUUCUGAACUUGGUCUGGGAGGUGAAUUUGUAACAGCAAUUGCGUAUUCUGUUAGAGGACAGCUCUUCUGGCACCAGCGUACUUAUGCUUUCAGGUCUGUAUAAUUAGGCAUUUUUGGGGUUUGAACAUAUUGCAGAGAUUAUUUUAGUAGGGGUAGAGAAAAGAACAACCACAGACGUGUCAAAGUAUCAGUGGGUUAUAUUUGAGAAAAUAAAACAAAAUCACAAACUGAUCACCUGAUCAUGAAAUGAUCUUCAACCUAAAACUUGAUUUUUACUGUAUGAUGAUUCACAAAAAAAGGUAGUUUUAAACAACACAGUCUGUGAUGUAGAUAAUAAUAAUUUCUAUUUUCAGUUUUGUUCUUAUAUACUGUAUUCCAUCUUCCCAGUUUUGCUAAUGGCUAGUUAUAAUGCCCCUUUUCUUAUU